AUGUCUUCUGUGUUGCCUACUGUUGUUUUCCUUCAGAUGAUAAAACAAAUACUGGGGCCUUUAAAGCAUUGUUUGUUUUCUCUGAACCUCACGGCCUCGGUGGAAAUGAAGCAGGUUGAUGCAACACAUGGCCAAGAGUAACUGUGAAAAAUUCUGCGAGCCAUAUCUCCACACACCCAACCGCUCGAGGUGAGUGUUAAGUCUAAAGUAACACCAGCACCAGCCUUUACUGUACAUAAUAUUAUGUAUAUGUUUGACGCUGCAUCAUAAUUAUGUAACCCUCAGCAUACUGGAUACUGUUAAGGUGGAAUAAUUUGAGUGAUGGAAGGUGGAGAAGCCAUAAAACAUCUCCGGCUCAAGCUGUUUUAAUUGCAAAGGAAUAGUGGAUUCGUGAAGAGGAGAAUAAAUAACGUCGUUUCUUUUGAUGUUGAAUCCGGUGAGACCGAUGCGGACACUCGGGAUCGGGUUGGAGAUGCGGAGAAUAAUUUGCCACAGAUUCCUCUGCAUAGUGGAGGCACUAUCACAGACCACGUGAGAGGAAUAUUCAAUGACGGUCCCCGACAGACCGGUUCAUCUCCGCUGCUGACAUGGACUCUUGGACACUCUAUACUCCCAGCUUCCCAGAAACGGACGUAGAGGGAGGGCGAUACUCUGUCUGAAUGUAACCUUUGGUCUUUUUUUUUUCUUUUUUGCCGUUUUCUGUUCUUUUUUUCUUCAGUUCUUUUCUUCUUUGAUUUUUUUUUUCUCCUCCUCCUCCUCCUCUUUUCUCUUCUCCUCUCCUCCACAAGUCUUAACAGUUGUAGAGGAGGAGGGGGGUGAUGGCUUGGCCGUGCAUCAGCAGAGUGUGCUGCCUGGCUCGCUUCUGGAACCAGUUCGACAAAUCGGACCUUUCCGUCCCGCUCACCAUCCAGAACUACUCGGACAUCGCCGCCGAGCAGGAGGUGCGGUCCGUCACCAAACAGGUCUCCGCCUCGGAGCGCGCGCCCGGGAAUAACUACUCGACCCCGGACCCGCGCGGCGCCGGCUCCUCUCUGGCGCCCGCGGAUGGCCCGGGGACCCGAGGAUCGUUCAGGGCGAGAAAGGAGCCCAGCUACAAACCCCGGGAGGACUACCACCCGCCCGGAGUGCCUUUCCCCAGCGUCACCCAGUACAAGCAGGAUUUCAAACCCUGGCCCAUUCCCAGGAAGGAGAAUUUCCCUUGGAUUAGUAACGGGGGGAGCAGGGCGGACAGUGUUACGGACAGCCCGGUCAACAGUAGUUACCAUGGCCAGGCACAGCCGGGGGAGAGGGGUCAGAGGUGGGGGGAGCAGCAGGUGACGGAGGAGAGCAAAACCAGCUCCUACAGGCAAGAAUACAGGCCGUGGACGGGGGUGAAACCAGCCAAAAGCGCGAGGAAAAAUCCUCCAGCUCAAUACUCCAGCCCGGGGACAGAGGCCACCCACAUCCCACGUGAGACCAGCUACCAGGCGGCCUACAGCGGGGACGUCCACAGGUCCACGGGGCCCCAUCAGGGGGAGCACAUCAUCCCGUCUGCUGCCUCCAACGUACAACCACCUGCUGUCCCCCAGCCCAUCCCCACUGCCCUGCAGGCUGCAACUUCACCCAGCCCCUCCGGCCUCCAGCAGAGCGUCCCGCCUGAGAGAACCGAGCUCAGUGGAACGUCCAAGGGAGAGGAACAUCUGGUGAGGACCAAGCUCCCGCCGAACCCGUCUGCUGUCUUUCAAAGUGGAUCAAGGGUCUUCAACAUCUGAGGGCUGCUCCGAUCUCCAGCCAUUCCACUUUGGUCGGUUUCAGUUUUAAGGAAUCAACAGGGGAAUGUUUUCAGUCCAUUCCACAACACAAGAAUCUAUGCAAGGGAAUGUAUUGUUGUGAAGCCUGUGGAGCUGCAGCGUCAAUAUCCCAAAUGGAGACAGAUAGAUAGAUAGAUAGAUAGAUAGAUAGAUAGAUAGAUAGAUAGAUAGAUAGAUAGAUAGAUGCCCUCCCUUUUACACUCCUCCUUGCCCCCUGUUGCUAUGGAAAUGAAUAUGCAUGAAACAAAAUAGUUUUGAAGCAAGCAUCUUUUUUUUUCUUCUUUUUUUUUGGCGGUUAUAGAUGCACAAGAAACUGGCUGCUGUGUGUGUUUGUAUGUGUGAGUUUGUGUGUGUGCACCUGCUGAUUUUGUCCUUUUAUUGUACAAAAUGUUGAGUCUGCUCCAAUAAUGAAUGACAAGGUGUUUGCUUAGAGUAAUUUGUUGCCCUUUGGUGUUGCUAGAAAUCUGCUUGAAAAUAAGUUAUUUCCUCAGUAUUCAAUUAGUUUACUAUUUUGACAAAGUAUUGUCCGGUCUCUUAUUUUGUAAAUUUAUUGUUAAAGAAAAAGAGGAAAUAUAUAGUGUAAGUGAAAUGACAAUAAAAGAAUAUUAGGUUCUUAGCACUUUC